AUGCUGUUCCUCCCUGGCGCCGCUGCCUUCGCAAGCACGAUCCCAGAAAAAGGCGCGUCCGAAUCGGGCGUCCGAAUGGGGAUCGUCUUCGACUGCGGCUCAAGCGGCACUCGUGCCCACUACUUCACGUGGGACAGUUCUGCCCCGGACCAACUGGAGGAGGUGGAGGCGCCAAACGGCAGCAUCAAAGUCGCACCGGGCAUCAGUGACUUCGCUGUCGGGCAAGGCUGCGAUGAGAGCGGUGACAGCAACCAUGACGGCGUUUGCGACCAGCUUUUGGUCAACACCACCCACCCCGCCUGCCCGACCAACACCGCAUGCAACCUCACCAUCGACCAGUACAUCCAGCCUCUCUUAGAUCAGGCUACGGACCAAGCGGCGAUUUGGAAGGACCUCGCGGCGGCCGCCAGCACGACCGAUUUUGACUUUAAGGCGGAAGACGCCUUCACGCUUGCGGGCGACUACGAGGGCAUUUUCGGCUGGCUGGCGGUCCAGUCGAUUGCCUUCGAGCCGGAGGACGGAGUCAUCACGGAGAAUGGCGUUGCGGUGAUGCAUUCUGAGUACUCAACCCAGCCGCGCACCAGCUACGUGUACUCCAUCUCGUACAUGCUCAGCGGCCAGGACCAGGGCCAGCUGCGCGUCGCACAGUACUUGUACAACCAGAGCUCCGCUGUUGACGAGGUGGCUAACCCCUGCUUCAACCCCGGCUACAAUAAGAGCAUGCAAGUGUGCGAGGGCAUAGCGCUGGGCUCGAGCUCGACCUGCAGCGGCCCAAAGCGCGACGUGAUGUUCGUCGGCACCGGAGACUACGAGGAGUGCCGCGGCGUCAUCGAGGCGGCUGGGUGA